CGGCGGGGGAUGGCGUCCCCCGCCCGAGGUCGGAGUUCCAGUUGUGGAAGAGCGGCGGCACCAUGCGGGGGGAGGUGGUGGGCAUCCUCUGCUUAAUUUCUGUGGCGGCCGCCCUGGAUUUCAAGUACCACCACGCCGAGGAGCUGGAGGCGUACCUGAAGAGCGUCCAUGCCGCCUACCCCUCCCUCACGCACUUGCACAGCAUCGGGCGCUCGGUGGAAGGUAGAAACCUGUGGGUUCUUGUUCUGGGAAGGUUUCCAACCCAUCAUAAGAUUGGCAUUCCAGAGUUCAAGUAUGUUGCUAAUAUGCAUGGGGAUGAGACUGUUGGGAGAGAAAUCCUGCUCCAUUUGAUAGACUUCCUGGUGACCAGCUAUGGACGUGACCCAGUUAUUACCCGAUUACUCAAUAAUACCCGGGUUCAUAUAAUGCCAACAAUGAAUCCUGAUGGGUUUGAAGCUACGAAAGUGCCUGAUUGCUACUACAGCCGAGGAAGGUACAAUAAGAAUGGAGAAGAUCUGAACAGAAAUUUUCCUGAUGCCUUUGAAAGAAACAAUGCUAGCAUUCAGCCAGAGACUCAAGCAGUAAUGAACUGGAUAAAAAAUGAAACGUUUGUUCUUUCAGCCAACUUGCAUGGGGGUGCCCUGGUUGCCAGUUACACCUUUGAUAAUGGUAACUCAGUUACGGGCACUUCGAAAGGCUAUAGCAGGUCUCCGGAUGACGAUGUCUUCAUUCAUCUGGCAAAAACUUAUUCUUCGAACCAUGCCAGCAUGUACAGAGGGACGGGGUGUGACAACAGACAGACCUUUCCAGAAGGCAUUACCAACGGCUUUUCUUGGUACCAGCUGGAAGGUGGAAUGCAAGAUUACAACUAUGUCUGGGGACAAUGUUUUGAAAUUACACUGGAGCUGUCGUGCUGCAAGUAUCCUCCAGCAGACCAGCUGGAGAAGUUCUGGAGGGACAACAAAGUUGCUCUGAUUGAAUACAUAAAACAAGUCCAUCUAGGUGUCAAGGGUCAAGUAACUGAUAAGAACGGGGAUCCCAUUCCCGAUGCCAUCGUGGAAGCCAAGGGAAGGCCCCACGUCUGCCCGUACCGAACAAAUCACCUGGGGGAGUACUUCCUUCUCCUUCUGCCUGGGACGUACGUCAUCAAUGCUACGGUGCCGGGAUUUAAAUCGCUGCUGAAGACCGUGGAAAUACCCAACAACACUGGGAACUUCAGUGCUUUGAAACAAGACUUCUCUUUCCCAGAAGUCUCUGUCAGACCAAGGGCUGCUUCGUGUCCCAAAAUUCCCCUCUACCAGGAGUUCGAAUGGCCUUCGGCUGCGCUGAAACCAACUCUCCAUCAUAUCUUGGUUUUAAUGACCGUUCUCCUUGUGAUUUUCCAAUAAGUCAGGAAUGACGUCAGCUGGGGAGGCUGAAUCUCCCUGCCCCAAACGUGGCUUUUCAGACCAGGAGCUGUAUUUGCAAAAGAAUGUAUGUUUUUAUAAACCUAACUCUCAGAUUUACAGUCACGUUUACUGUAUUUUGUAAAAUACUGGCUCGACAAUCAAAUGUUUAACUUUGAUUAUAAUAUGACUAUCGUAUUUUUUCUACAUACUUUACUCUGAGGAAAUUCUGUACAGCCCGUGGAGGUAAUUUUAGAGUUUGGAUGCAGAAAAUAAAGAUACAUUCUGAAGAAUUUGCCUGAGUUCAAAAGAAAAAAAAAAAAAAAAAAGCCUAGCAUUUUACUGCCCGUGUUUCAGGCAAA